AUGUCAAGAAGGGGAACAUUUGCUCAACAAGAAGUCUUGUUCCUUGGACAUCGGAUCAAGGGAGGGACCAUUUGCAUGGUCAAUGAGAAGGGGAAGGCCAUAGAGGACUUAAAGGGAGCCAUCAUAGUUGAUCUGGUGCUGGUCUUUCCGGAUCAUGCUAAGCCGUUCAAGCUAGCAAUAGGGUCAAUGAGGAAGCAGCAUCCCUUAUUGAUUGAGCAACAGAUGGCAUUGAAGGGAUCCUCCUUAUUGGAUCUUGCAGACCGUAGUACCCUUGUCGGGAGGAGCGGCUUGCCAUAUAGUUAA